CACCUACCUUUAGGCGGAUUCCCACGACAGCUCUUCCAAAAUAUCAUUCUCUGAAAGGAGGGGUUCGGCGGCCGCGGCUCCUCCCUCUCAAAGUGGCCCGGCCUCGUUAGGAGGUGUGCUCGGAGGAUUUCAGCCUCGCUGUCUUGAACUUGAGUAACAGAAACUCCGCAGGAGUGUAGCGCAGCGCCGGCACAGCUCAACCGCGGAGCGCAAAAACCACGCAGGUGUCUCAAGACACAGAGAACCACGCGGGGAUCGCCGUCGCUGCUCCCGGAUUAUAUAUAGAUAUAUUAGAAAUCUUAAGGAUGUCGAGACGCAAACUGGGUAGCAAACCCCAGCACGUCAGCACAUUUCCGUGUGAGACUGAGCUGACGGACGUGACCCUGCCCUCUCUUGAAAAGAUGGCCGUCCUGCCGGGGAAGGACCCCAGCGACCGUGACCUCCUGACCUGCGGACAGUGUCGCCACAGCUUCCCCCUGGCGCACAUCCUGGUCUUUAUUGAGCACAAGAAGGGGAGGUGCCAGGGCGGGGCCUGCCUCAAAGAGGCGGAGCUUUUAGGACACAGCCCUCCCUCCCCGCCCAAUAAGACAUUGAGUCGGUCUCCCUUGGAGCCAGCGGUCCAGGCGGCUUCAAGAAUGCGCGGGUGGAGCAGGCCUGGGGAGAGUGGGAUAUCGGUGAAGCAGGAGAACUCUGUGGAAGGUGAAGGUGAGCCAUCAUGCUAUAUCUGCCAGUCGUGCAAGGAGCUGUUCCCCAGCGCGUGGUUCCUGCUGCAGCAUGCUCAGAGCACGCACGGCCUCAGCAUCUACCUGGAGUCUGACACUCUGAAAGGCUGUCCUCCCAGGGACAGGGAGUCGGGGUCCCUGAGCUCCCUGAGAGAGAAGGUACAUCAGCAGCGCCUUGCCAGCCUCCAAAAAACAGACUACUUCUCUCCUUCCUUCACGCCUUCUCUUCAACAGAGCCUGCCCCACCAAAUCAACUUCCUGUACCCCGAGAACCGCCCCGAAAUGCAGCCCUACCCCCAGCCUGGAAACAGCUUGUUGGAUCGAUUCGACAGCCCCGGGCCGGACCAGGCCCUCAACUUCUCAGCCCGGCUUCGAGAGCUGGCUGGGAACAUCGUGUCUGCAGAGCCCCCUUCCUCGAUGCGGAGCGGCUCUCCAUUUCUCCAGACCACCCAGCCCACCUGCGAGGAUGCCCCGCCAGCCGGGGGGAGAGCAAAGUCCUGCGAGUUCUGCGGCAAGACCUUCAAGUCUUUGAGCAACCUGGUGGUGCACCGCAGGAGCCACACUGGGGAGAAACCGUACCGCUGCCCCUUCUGUGACCACGCCUGCACCCAGUCCAGCAAGCUGAAGCGCCACAUGAAGACCCACCGGCUCGAAAUCGGGCCCCAGGCCUGGGAGAGCUGCCUGGGAGCCGCCUCAGCCCUCAAGGCGAGGGCCAAAGAGUACGAGGGAUACCAGGGAGCAGACGAGACCAAGCCCGACGCGGCAAAGAUCUCGCAUGAAAGUGAGGGCCAGGAGAUUGUUCUGCAGGCAGAGGUUUCUGAGACACUGCCGGAGAAAAAGAACCGCUGGCCGGGGAGCAGCCUGUAUGCUCGCGUCCCUGCACGGAUGAGAAAGCUCAAGGACAUGUAUCCGAGCCUGGAGGAGCAGGAGGCUGAGGACCUCGCUGCAGGACAGCUCCCCUCGGACACUGAUCUCCAGGAGCUGGCCAACAAGAGCCUGCUGUCCUCCCUGGCACUGACUCAGGCCUCUCCAGGCAAGCAAGGCCUGCUGAGCUUCCUCAACCGGAGGAUCAAACUGGAGCAGGAGGAGGAGAAGACCAGCGGGAUCCCACUACUACCACCACUCUACCAAAAUAGUUUGUAUUCCCAGUGGCUGUCCGGGUACAAUGGGUCCAUAAACAGCAUAUUGGACCCCAAGGAUCCAACUCCGGAUUCCAGGAGGGCCUCCCCGUUUGGGAAUGCUUCUGAACGCUCCCUGGAGAACUCUCCGGAAAACAACUCUGGCUCGCACGUCCUGAUGGAAGACAGCUCGGAGGAGGCCCUGUCUUCUGAGAGCGGGAUCGCCAGCGGGAACUGCACCCCGAAGCAGACCGGGGGUGGCGGUGGGGGGAAGCGCGCGGAUACCUGCGAGUUCUGCGGGAAGCGCUUCAAAAACAGCAGCAACCUGACGGUGCACAGGAGGAGCCACACCGGGGAGCGGCCCUACCACUGCACGCUGUGCUCCUACGCCUGCGCCCAGAGCAGCAAGCUGACACGCCACAUGAAGACCCACGCGCCCCACGGGGGCAAGGCUGCCUUCACCUGCCAGGUGUGCCACGUGCCCUUCUCUGUCUACUCCACGCUGGAGAAGCACAUGAAGAAACGCCAUGCCAACGAGGAAACUGCGACGGACAGCAGUGGCACUGCCCCCUGUGAGAUUCGACAGGAGCAGCAGGACAGUCAGGCUAGGAACCCCAGCACUGAACGUUAGCACACAGGAGGGAUUCAUUACAGGCCAAGCCUGCUGUGACAAAGAGAGAAGGGCUCUGAUUUGAGGGUUACAUAAUGCCUGAUUUCUCCUAUCCAUUAGUUAGCAACCUGAUCUCUUUGUUGUGUAGCCAGUUUUUUUUUAUAUUUAAUGGAAGUUAAAGUAGAAAGAUUACAAAGUAUUUCCAGUCAAUCUUACCUGAUGCAAAUGGUCUUUGAAAAGCCAGGGAAUGGUUACCGGAGGACUUGCUUCUGGGAGUUUCAAAAGAGAACGAUUUCCAGUGGAAACGCUUCUCAUUGAUUGACUAAGUUUCAUUUAACAUUUCUAAAUUCAACCACGAUUGAAUGUUUUAGUAGUUACUGAAGCAUUUCAAAAGAACUCAAACUCCCAGAAGCCUCUGGCUCUCCUUCUAACCCAAUCGUUGCUUUUUCUUUGAACCUCAUAUUCUCAAGAUCUGUCUAUGAAAUUCAAGUCAAGAAGUUAUCAGUAAAUGUGAACUUAAGAAUCAAAUGCACUUUUCCCAGAAGGUGUGUUUCUUUUGGACUAAGACCUGCGAAAUACAGUAAUUAAUAUUAGCUGAGAUUUAAUGAGUUUGUUGUCUCCUUUAAACUGAACUCGAUCCCACCAGAUUUCUGUGUGUAAUUUCAACACAUUUUAUAACAUUCUUAAUUUAUCCUGAUUUUGAAACAUAUUUAUUAUCAGUUCAAUGCAGAUUUGAAUGUAUAGGCACUGUACCAUUCCAUUCUAAAAUCUGAAAAAAAAUGGGGUGGAGCUAGUGACAAGACCCGCCCCUUACUGUUAUUUUACUUGAAUGGAUAGAUGUUCAUUUGCAUAUGUAUUUUCCUAGUCUAGUUUAGUAAUAACGACUCUUUUAAAAUAUAUAAACAUGUUUGUUACUAAUGUUUUUGCUGCUCUUCAGUCUAUGCAUUUGUAAAUGUCCUUCGUAAUGUUUAAAAAAGAAAAUUGACCUAAAAGGAUGUCUGUAAAUAGAAUUUGUAGACGCUUAAUUACUUAUAACUACUCAUAAUAAUAUUAAUACGUGGACUGUUUUGUUUUUUUCUUGUUUGUUUUUUUUUGGAGAUGUGGGUAUAUUUUGUAACGUGCUUAUUUAUAAAAUAAGAAAAAUUAGAUUUGAAAAAUCUUGUUUGAAAAAGAUUUGAAAAAUGUGGGUGUUUUUUAAUGUACAGAUAUUGUUCAAGGGAUUUUUUGUAAUUCUUUUUUUAUUUGACGCGUAGGUUGAAUAUACUGUUGUUUUAGGGUACUUCAUAAAGAUGUAUUUAAUUUAUUUCACUUUAAAAACCAUGCUGACUGUGCACGUGGUUCUUGCAUUUUUUCUGACAGUACUGAUUAAUUAAUUUCUUUUUGCUUUUAUGAAUAAUUACAUAUAAUUUACUUUAAUUACCAAAUAGACAAAUUGUUGUAUGUUUUACCUCCUACUCCACCGCGGCUCAUUAAGGACAGUGGGGGAAAAAAAUAAAAAAAAUAAAAAUGUAUUACACUGAGACACACCAGAGCCGUUGUCAGUAAUUCCAGCAAAAGUUUUACAACUUAAUUAGGGAGCUACAUCUAAACUUGUGUAUUUUGGAGCAAAUUGGAGUAAAACUGAUGCGUGGGUCUGUGUUGACAACUUACAAAACGCUUAAUUAAAUGAAGCUUUAUUUAAAAUAAAUAAAUCAAUGCUUAGAACGCUGAUCACACAAACUUGGUUUUACUGCUGUUGGAAUACUGGUACAUUUAAAAUUGAAACCACACAAAUACAUACUCAUCAAAUGCAGGAAUAUUAAGUGUCCCAGUUACACAGUACCUAUGCAAAUGCAGAAUGGUUUUUAGAGAAGAAAGCCAUCGUUUCAACUGUAAAUCUCUAUCAUCUGACGAUCUCCACAGCGCCUCGCCGACUGCAUGGGGCUGUGUUGCUUUUGUAAUCGGGAGACAGAGUAAAGAGAAGUUUAGUACAGUUGUUCUUAAAUAAAACGUUACAUUUCAAAUAAAAA